AAAAACCACAAAAAACCCCCAAAACUUGGGAUUCUCUCUUCGUGCUGCUGAUGUCACCUGCUUUAAAAGAAAUAGAGUAUUCUGGGAAAGUCACCCGGACUCUGCCGUGACUCCAGACACGCCUGGAAACGAGUUCUUUUGCAGUUAUUUGGUAAACAAUGAAGGUUCUGUUGCUGAAGGAUCCCAAAGACAAAGAUUCAGGACCAGAUCCGUAUAUUAAAGAAUUAGGAUUAUAUGGAUUUGAAGCAACUUUGAUUCCAGUUUUGUCAUUUGAAUUCGUAUCUCUUGAAAGCUUAUUUGAAAAGCUCUCUCAUCCAGAAUGUUACGGAGGCCUAGUUUUUACCAGUCCAAGAGCAUUAGAAGCCAUCAAGCUAUGUUUAAAAGAGAAUAGUAAAAAUGAAGCCUGGUCAAAAUCUCUUAAACAAAGAUGGAAUACCAAACCAGCAUACGUGGUAGGAAAAGCUACAGCUUCUCUAGUGGAAGAAAUUGGUCUUACUCCACAAGGAGAAAAGUCUGGAAAUGCUGAAAAAUUAGCUGAAUAUAUUUGCUCAAGAGAGAAACCUAAUUCCUCAGCUCUUCUUUUUCCUUGUGGAGCCCUGAAAAGAGAAGUACUUCCUACAGUACUUAGAGAAAAAGGUAUACCUCUGGAAAGCCUUACUGUUUAUCAAACAACCCAACACGCUGACCUGCAAGAAUCUUUGAGCAGUUACUUCUCACAACAGGGAUUUCCAGCAAGCAUCGUGUUCUUCAGUCCAUCUGGCGUCAGAUUUUGCCUCCAGCACAUUCAGAAGCUUUCGGGGGAUUUAAUCUACCAUAUCAAGUUUGCUGCUAUCGGUCCAACAACUGCGGAAGCCAUGGAAGCAGCAGGAAUCCCAGUUAGCUGUACUGCAGAGAGUCCAACUCCCCAAGACCUCGCUGCUGGGAUCCAAAAAGCACUUCACUUACAGAACUGCUGUUUAGCUAAAUGAGAGCACAGCAUGCGUUCGACGAUGAGUGAAGUUAAGCUGUUGAACAUUCACAUUCAGCUGGGUAGCUUCAUUAUAACAACGAGCAUGCAGUACUGUUCAUCUCUUCCUUCAAAAAUAAAUCCACGGCAGAGUGAGGAUUUGGAAGUCUGUUCAAGUCCCCUGCAGUACUACUCACAUCUCUAGUGUCUGACACCGUAGAGGGCAGCUGGGAGAAGUUUUGUGCGAGUUAGUGCCUUGGGGAAGAGGAAGAAGGGGAGACGUGGUCAAGAGAAGAGGGUGAGAACCGGUAACAAGCCAACCGUAGGCUUGUGCUCCCUUGCACUAUAUGGCAAAUUCUUUCGCUAGCACAAGUUACAUCUAUUUGUUCGUCUCCCUCAUCAGCCCAGGCCUAUUUCUACAUGUCUUUCCAGGAGAAACAAUCAGUAGCCAUCAUGGCCGAGUAACACGUACUCAUCACAUUUAAUAGAACAAUGUAAAACCAAGACUGCAAAGGGCUCUAGGAGGAAAUCGGGUUGCCUUGCUUCUGUCACACCAGAUAGAUAGCAUGCUCCUUCUUGACCUGUGACAAACAGAAGAUAACUCAGAGGACUUGACCUGCAGUAGGAGAGGUUAACCUAAGUAAGUGAGGUGUAGCUGGCAUUUGCUGUGGGAUGUGGAGGCCACGCGAACAGUUGCUGUGACUCGAUACCAUCUCUGAAUCUGAAAUUCAGACAUACUGUUUGUCAAUGAAAAACAGCAGCUUGAGAAAACACCGGUUUGAGACUACCAGCUCUAUACCUUGGUUCAUGGUAGUAUGCAGUAAUGUAUUGCAGUAAAAAGAGAAAAGGGAGUAGAAUUGCAGCAGCUGAAUGGGUUUUUAUCCCUUUCCAUCCAGAUCAGCUAUGUAGAGGCCUGGCUUGGCUUUACCCAAGGAACCCUCCCACAGCUGAAACCACCAUUCCCAGAUCACCAUUGCUACCGAGUUCUUCCCAGGCUGGGGCUGGGGAAUUCAUCCUCAUGGAAGAUCCAGACGACAGUCCAUACGAUGGGCCCUUGGCUAUUUUACCCGCUACCGACCUGGCUUUAGAGCACUGCGCGAGCCUCCUCCCCGCACACAAACGCCGCUCUAAGGAAGAGACCGCGCUCCCAGCCGCUGCCUUUCCAAUGCUGAGUCUGCCUGUGUAAUUAAGAAGCAGGAGAUGUUUUCCUGCAGAGGAUGAGUCUUACCCAAGCGCUGCAGCAUUCUUAAACCAGGGAGGGCUUAAGACUUUUAUUAGUAAGUAAUUUGGCAGGUUACAGACCUGAUCUAUUCUAUGUAUGCGACUCAGUGAGGUACUGUAAAAUAGUACUUCCAUUUUGUUACAAGGAAGCAAGAAGAGGUUACACAACUUCCCCCACAACCACAGGAACAGACAAUUAACUGGUUCUCGGGGCUUAUGCUGAGGCUUUUCUCGUCAAUUGGCUGACAGUCAUGGGCCUGCAGAAGCACACAGUGGUAUCGAUGCUAGCAGCUGCUUCUGAAAUCAGCAGGAUAAGGGAAGGUGUAAAUGGUGUUUUUCUUCUGGCUACUUUCUACAGCGCUCAUUUUGGUUUGGGUUUGGUUUUUUUUUUUUUAAAUUGCAGAAAAACCCACUGCCCCUACAACUCUCACCCCUUUCCAUUCUCCUGUAUUAGGUUUACGUGGCAAGAUUUUGGUAGCUGGGGGGGCUACAGAGGUGGCUGCUGUGAGAAGCUG